AGAAAAGAAAGAAGAACCCUUUUCGCCACCAAAGUGGCCGUAUCCUCUCCUCUCUGGUGGGGUCUUAGAUAGAGAGAUCAAACGUUUUCUCUUCCUUCUUAGCAGUUUCUUGAGCGUGCUCUCCAAGGGAUACUGUCUACUUCAACUCUCCCCAACUCUUGUAUAAGUACUUCUCCUUUGUUGAAACCCAAAUCAUUUGAAAACAGAGAGAGAGAGAAACAGAGAGAAAACAGAGAGAGAAACAGAGAGAAAACAGAGCAAAGCUAUGGACUUUCUUGGUUCCACGAACGCUAACGGUAUGUUAACAACGUUCUUGUCGUUCUGGGAAUCUAGGUCUUUUCUUCUGGAACCUAUAUUCGUUAGAUGUGUCUCUGGUUUCUUGCACGGAGUUUUGUUGCUGGUUCUGUUUUGCUCAUGGGUUCGUUACAAACUUAGGGGAAACAAUGGUUUUGGUUCUGUAGUUAUAGAGAGUUUAAAAGAUAAGAGAGGUUUCGGGUUUAAGUCGGUUCUGUUUUGUAGUUUAGCUCUGUCUCUCCUUAAUCUCCUGUUCACGUCUUUGAGUGGUUUCUACUGGUACGAGAGUGAUUGGUUAGAUGAAGAGAAGCUAGUUUCUCUCGUCGGGUUUCUAUUACCAACGGUGUCUUGGGGGGUUUUGUCGGUUUCCUUGCAUCGUUGCAGCGAUUAUGAGCAGAGAAAGUCUCCACUUUUGCUUAGGAUCUGGUUGGGUUUCUAUCUCGCGGUUUCUUGCUACUCUCUUGUGGUAGACACUGUUAUGUACAAGAGACAUGUCCAUCUUCUAGUGUACGACAUAGUUUCUGUUGGUGGUGCUUUGCUUCUCGGCUACGUGGCUUUCUUCAAGAAAGCUAGAGGAGGCAACGGCAACGGCAACAGCAAUGGAGGUUUGGAAGAGCCACUCUUGAAUGGAGCUUCAACCGUUGGUGAUGGGGGGAGUGAUGAGACUACUCCUUACUCUAGAGCUGGCAUUCUCAGUCUCUUGACUUUCUCUUGGAUGGGUCAACUGAUAGAGGUUGGAAACAAGAAACCUCUUGAUCUUGAAGAUGUUCCACAGCUUCAUGAUAGCGACAGUGUAGUUGGGUUAGCACCUAAGUUCAGGACUAUGCUUGAAGAAUCAUCAUCAGAUGGUGGUGAUGAAAGUGGGAGAAGUGGCGUGACAACGUUCAAGCUCAUGAAAGCACUGUUCUUUUCAGCUCAGUGGGAGAUACUAGUGACUGCAUUCUUUGCUUUCAUCUACACGGUGGCUUCAUACGUCGGACCAGCACUCAUUGACACGUUCGUCCAGUACCUCAACGGACGUAGACAGUACAACAACGAAGGGUAUAUGCUAGUCAUCACUUUCUUUCUCGCUAAGCUUGUGGAGUGUCUCUCGCAGAGACAUUGGUUCUUUAGGUUACAGAAGGUUGGUAUCAGGAUGAGAUCUUCCUUGGUGGCGAUGAUAUACGAAAAGGGUCUCACUCUUUCAUGUCACUCAAAGCAAGGACGCACAAGCGGUGAGAUUAUAAACUUCAUGACUGUGGAUGCUGAGAGGAUUGGUAAUUUUAGUUGGUAUAUGCAUGAUCCAUGGAUGGUUUUGUUACAAGUUGGUCUAGCUCUGUGGAUCUUGUAUAGGAAUCUUGGAUUAGCUUCCAUAGCAGCUUUGAUUGCAACCAUUCUAGUAAUGCUUGUGAACUUCCCAUUUGGGAGGAUGCAAGAGAGGUUUCAGGAGAAGUUAAUGGAAGCUAAAGAUAACAGGAUGAAAUCAACGUCUGAGAUCUUGAGAAACAUGAGGAUUCUCAAACUUCAAGGAUGGGAGAUGAAGUUUCUGUCCAAGAUAUUCGAUCUUAGGAAGUCUGAGGAAGGUUGGUUGAAGAAGUAUGUGUAUAACUCAGCUGUUAUAAGCUUUGUUUUCUGGGGAGCUCCUACUUUGGUAUCAGUCUCUACCUUUGGUGCUUGUAUACUUCUUGGCAUCCCACUUGAGUCCGGAAAGAUACUCUCAGCGCUUGCAACGUUCAGGAUCUUGCAAGAGCCAAUCUACAAUCUUCCAGACACUAUCUCCAUGGUUGUGCAGACCAAAGUCUCUCUUGAUAGAAUUGCAUCUUAUCUCUGCCUAGACAACUUACAGCCAGAUGUUGUAGAGACGCUUCCUCAAGGAGGUUCAGACAUAGCUGUGGAAGUCACCAACAGCACUUUAUCAUGGGAUGUAUCAUCUGAAAGCCCAACUUUAAAAGACAUCAACUUCAAGGUCCUUCCUGGGAUGAAGGUUGCAGUUUGUGGUACUGUUGGCUCUGGGAAGUCAAGCUUGCUUUCAUCUAUACUUGGAGAAGUACCAAAGAUAUCUGGAAGUCUUAAGGUUUGUGGGACAAAGGCCUACGUUGCACAAUCUCCUUGGAUUCAGAGUGGUAAAAUUGAGGACAACAUCUUGUUUGGUAAGCCUAUGGAAAGAGAACGGUAUGAGAAGGUGCUUGAAGCAUGUUCUUUGAGUAAGGACCUGGAGAUACUCUCAUUUGGUGAUCAGACUGUUAUAGGAGAGCGUGGGAUCAAUCUGAGUGGUGGACAAAAGCAAAGGAUACAGAUUGCACGUGCUAUCUACCAAGAUGCAGAUAUUUAUCUGUUUGAUGAUCCUUUUAGUGCUGUGGAUGCUCACACAGGGUCACAUCUCUUUAAGGAAGUUUUGCUGGGGCUUUUGUCUUCAAAAUCAGUUAUUUAUGUAACUCAUCAAGUUGAGUUCUUACCUGCUGCUGAUCUUAUACUGGUCAUGAAAGAUGGAAGGAUCAGCCAAGCUGGUAGAUACAAUGAUAUCCUCAGCUCAGGAACAGAUUUCAUGGAGCUUAUAGGUGCUCAUCAGGAGGCUCUUGCAGUAGUUGGUUCCGUUGAUGCCAAUUCUGCUUCUGAGAAAGCAGCUUUAGGCGGCCAAGAAGAUGCUAUUGGUUUUGAUGUGAAACAAGAGAGUCAGGAUGUGAAGAAUGAUAAGCCAGACACCGAGGAGACCAAAAGACAACUUGUGCAAGAGGAAGAGAGGGAGAAAGGUAGCGUUGCUUUGGACGUCUACUGGAAAUACAUCACACUAGCCUAUGGAGGAGCUCUUGUGCCUUUCAUAGUGUUGGCACAAGUUCUGUUUCAGCUUCUACAGAUUGGUAGCAACUACUGGAUGGCUUGGGCUACUCCUGUUUCUAAAGAUGUGGAAGCUCCUGUGAACAUCUCAACGUUGAUGAUUGUCUAUGUUGCUUUAGCCGUUGGAAGUUCCUUAUGCAUUCUCGUUAGAGCUACACUUCUUGUCACCGCUGGUUACAAGACUGCUACUGAACUGUUUCAUAAGAUGCACCACUGUAUUUUCCGCUCGCCCAUGUCUUUCUUUGAUUCCACACCAAGUGGAAGAAUCAUGAAUAGAGCUUCUACAGACCAGUCAGCGGUGGAUUUGGACAUACCAUAUCAGUUCGGAUCAGUUGCUAUCACAGUCAUUCAACUUAUAGGAAUCAUUGGAGUUAUGUCUCAAGUUUCUUGGUUGGUUUUCCUUGUCUUCAUCCCUGUGGUCGCUGCCUCCAUUUGGUAUCAGAGGUAUUACAUUGCUGCAGCAAGAGAACUUUCACGUUUAGUUGGAGUAUGCAAAGCCCCACUGAUUCAGCACUUUUCUGAAACGAUCUCAGGGUCAACAACCAUCAGGAGCUUCAAUCAAGAAUCAAGAUUCCGUGGUGACAACAUGAGGCUUAGUGAUGGUUACUCUAGGCCUAAAUUCUAUUCAGCUGGAGCAAUGGAAUGGCUCUGCUUCCGCCUUGAUAUGCUAUCUUCGCUCACAUUUGCCUUUUCGCUUGUUUUCUUGAUCUCUAUACCUACUGGAGUGAUUGAUCCAAGCCUGGCGGGAUUAGCGGUGACUUAUGGACUUAGUUUGAAUACCCUGCAAGCUUGGCUUAUAUGGACUCUCUGUAAUCUUGAGAACAAAAUCAUAUCUGUAGAGAGGAUUCUUCAGUAUGCAAGUGUACCUAGUGAACCGCCUCUUGUGAUAGAAUCAAACCGGCCUGAGCAAUCAUGGCCUUCACGUGGAGAAGUAGACAUCCGUGAUCUUCAGGUUCGAUAUGCUCCACAUAUGCCACUAGUGUUGAGAGGAAUAACAUGCACAUUCAAAGGAGGGUUGAGAACAGGUAUUGUUGGAAGAACAGGAAGCGGGAAAUCGACUUUGAUACAAACUCUUUUCCGCAUUGUGGAGCCUUCAGGUGGAGAAAUAAGGAUAGAUGGAGUGAAUAUAUUGACCAUUGGGUUGCAUGACUUGCGUUUGAGGCUUAGUAUUAUACCACAAGAUCCAACCAUGUUUGAAGGAACUGUGAGAAGUAACUUGGACCCUCUUGAAGAGUACACUGAUGAUCAAAUCUGGGAGGCUCUUGACAAGUGUCAAUUAGGAGAUGAGGUGAGGAAGAAGGAGCAAAAGCUGGACUCAUCUGUGAGUGAGAAUGGAGAGAACUGGAGCAUGGGUCAGAGGCAGCUUGUGUGUCUUGGGAGAGUUCUUUUAAAGAGAAGCAAGAUCUUGGUGCUUGAUGAAGCUACUGCUUCUGUUGACACAGCAACUGACAAUCUCAUCCAGAAAACGUUGAGAGAACACUUCUCAGAUUGUACAGUGAUAACCAUUGCACACAGGAUAUCUUCGGUUAUUGACAGUGACAUGGUUCUGCUUCUUAGCAAUGGGAUCAUUGAGGAGUAUGAUUCGCCAGUGAAGUUGCUGGAGAACAAGUCUUCAUCUUUUGCUAAACUUGUUGCUGAGUACACUGCAAGAUCAAGUUCCAGUUUUGAUUAAGCCUCUACUUUCUUGGUGAUAUGAUGACGAUGAAAAAAACACUUACCAUAGUUUUGUUUUAAAAUAUGUUUUCUUUUUAGUUAUAUAACUUGUAAUAUUUUAAGCCAAAUAAUCGAUGAUUCUGCAUCGUUACUUCAAAUUUAUGCAAACAAUGAUGUUUCAUUCUUCUGAUUGGACU